GCGGCCCUGCUGCUCACGGGCACAUGCCUCCCCUCCCCAGGCCGAGGCCCAGCUGACCCCCGGGGCUCCCCCGGCAGCGGACAGGGAAGGGUUAAAGGCCCCCGGCUCCCUGGCCCCUGACCUGGGGAACCCCUGGCCCUGUGGGGACAUGAACUGGGUUUGCCACCUGGUCCUGGUCGUGCUCAGCCUGUGGCCAGAUACAGCUGUUGCCCCUGGGCCACCACCUGGCCCCCCUCGAGCUUCCCCAGACCCUCGGGCCGAACUGGACAGCACCGUGCUCCUGACCCGCUCCCUCCUGGCGGACACGCGGCAGCUGGCUGCACAGCUGAGGGACAAAUUCCCAGCUGACGGGGACCACAACCUGGAUUCCCUGCCCACCCUGGCCAUGAGUGCGGGGGCGCUGGGAGCUCUGCAGCUCCCGGGCGUGCUGACAAGGCUACGGGCAGACCUGCUGUCCUACCUGCGGCACGUGCAGUGGCUGCGCCGGGCAGGCGGCUCCUCCCUGAAGACCCUGGAGCCCGAGCUGGGCACCCUGCAGGCCCGGCUGGACCGGCUGCUGCGCCGGCUGCAGCUCCUGAUGUCCCACCUGGCCCUGCCGCAGCCGCCCCCAGACCCGCCGGCCCCCCCACUGGCACCCCCUUCCUCAGCCUGGGGGGGCAUCAGAGCCGCCCACGCCAUCUUGGGGGGGCUGCACCUGACACUUGACUGGGCUGUGCGGGGGCUGCUGCUGCUGAAGACCCGGCUGUGACCCCGGGGCCUAGAGCCACCACCGUCCUUCCAAAGCCAGAUCUUAUUUAUUUAUUUAUUUCAGUACUGGGGGCCUAACAGCCAGGUAAUCCCCCGCCAUUAUCUCCCCCUAGUUAGAGACAGUCCUUCCGUGAGACCUGGGGGGCAUCUGUGCCUUAUUUAUACUUAUUUAUUUUGGGGAGGAAGGGAGGCAGGUAGACUCCUGGGUCCCCAAGGCGGAGGGAACUGGGGUUCCGGAUUCUUGGGUCUCCAAGAAGUCUGUCCACAGACUUCUGCCCUGGCUCCUCCCCUUCUAGGCCUGGGCAGGCAUAUAUAUUAUUUAUUUAGACAAUUACUUUUCAUGUUGGGGUACGGGGAGGGGAAGGGAAGCCUGGGUUUUUGUACAAAAAUGUGAGAAACCUUAGUGAGACAGAGAACAGGGAAUUAAAUUUGUCAUACACAUCCA